GAAGCGCGCGUUUUUCCCUGGCCGGGGAUUUGGCGAGGAGGCUGGGCAGGCGGCAGCCGAGAGAGUUUAGGGCGCUCCGUUGCGGACGCUGAGGAGAGGACCCAGUUUUGGAGUGUGUGUCAGCCAUGCCGGCGCAGCGGCCCGCGAGCAGCGAUGAGUCCCCGGCUCCAGAUCCGGUUGAAGAGCCCGAGACCGCCGUGAUUACCCAAGCCAUGCUGGAGGAGGAAGAACAGCUCGAGGCUGCUGGACUCGAGAGGGAGCGGAAGAUGAUAGAAAAGGCUCGCAUGUCUUGGGAUAGAGAGUCCGUGGACAUUCGGUACCGUAGACUUCAACAUUUGCUUGAAAAAAGCAAUAUCUACUCCAAAUUUUUAUUAACUAAAAUGGAACAGCAACAACUAGAGGAACAGAAGAAGAAAGAGAAAUUGGAAAGAAAAAAGGAAUCUUUAAAAGUUACUAAGGGUAAAAAUUCCACUGAUGCAAGUGAAGAGAAUCCAGUUAUGAGAAAGAAGAGAGGAAGAGAAGAUGAAUCAUACAAUAUUUCAGAGGUCAUGUCAAAAGAGGAAAUUUUGUCUGUGGCUAAAAAAAAUAAAAAGGAGAAUGAGAAUGAAACCUCCUCUUCUAAUCUCUGUGUAGAAGACCUUCAGAAAAACAAAGAUUCAAAUAGUAUGAUUAAAAAUAGAUUGUCUGAAACGGUUAGGCAGAAUACUAAAUUCUUUUUUGACCCAGUUCGGAAAUGUAAUGGACAACCUGUACCCUUUCAACAACCAAAACACUUCACGGGAGGAGUGAUGCGGUGGUACCAAGUGGAAGGCAUGGAAUGGCUUAGGAUGCUUUGGGAAAAUGGAAUAAAUGGCAUUUUAGCAGAUGAAAUGGGAUUGGGAAAGACAGUUCAGUGUAUUGCUACAAUUGCACUGAUGAUUCAGAGAGGAGUACCUGGACCUUUUCUUGUCUGUGGACCUUUGUCUACACUUCCUAACUGGAUGGCUGAAUUCCAAAGAUUUACACCAGACAUUCCUACUAUGUUAUAUCAUGGAACCCAGCAGGAACGUCGAAAAUUAGUAAAGAAUAUUCACAAGCGUAAAGGGACACUGCAGAUUCAUCCUGUGGUAAUUACUUCAUUUGAAAUAGCCAUGAGAGACCGAAAUGCAUUACAGCACUGCUAUUGGAAAUACUUAAUAGUAGAUGAAGGACACAGGAUUAAAAACAUGAAAUGCCGUCUGAUCAGGGAGUUAAAACGAUUUAAUGCAGAUAACAAACUUCUUUUGACUGGUACUCCCUUGCAAAACAAUUUAUCAGAACUUUGGUCAUUACUGAACUUUUUGUUGCCAGAUGUAUUCGAUGACUUGAAAAGCUUUGAAUCUUGGUUUGAUAUCACUAGUCUUUCAGAAACUGCUGAAGAUAUUAUUGCUAAAGAACGAGAACAGAAUGUAUUGCAUAUGCUGCACCAGAUUCUAACACCUUUUUUACUGAGAAGACUAAAAUCUGAUGUUGCUCUUGAAGUUCCUCCCAAGCGAGAAGUAGUUGUUUAUGCACCGCUUUCAAAGAAACAAGAGAUCUUUUACACAGCCAUUGUGAACCGUACAAUUGCAAACAUGUUUGGAUGCAGUGAGAAAGAAACAGUUGAGCUAAGUCCCACUGGACGACCAAGACGGCGUUCCAGAAAAUCAAUAAAUUACAGCAAAAUAGAUGAUUUCCCUAAUGAAUUGGAAAAAUUGAUCAGUCAAAUACAGCCAGAAGUAGACCGAGAAAGAGCUGUUGUGGAAACGAAUAUCCCUCUAGAGUCUGAAGUUAAUCUGAAGCUGCAGAAUAUAAUGAUGCUCCUUCGUAAAUGCUGUAAUCAUCCGUAUUUGAUUGAAUACCCAAUAGACCCGGUCACACAAGAGUUUAAGAUUGAUGAAGAGUUGGUAACAAAUUCUGGGAAAUUCUUAAUUUUGGAUCGAAUGCUGCCAGAACUAAAAUCCAGAGGUCACAAGGUGCUGCUAUUUUCACAAAUGACAAGAAUGUUAGAUAUUUUGAUGGAUUACUGCCACUUUAGAAAUUUCAACUUCAGCAGGCUUGAUGGAUCCAUGUCUUAUUCAGAGAGAGAAAAAAAUAUGCACAGCUUCAACACAGAUCCAGAGGUGUUUAUCUUCUUAGUCAGUACACGAGCUGGUGGCCUGGGCAUUAAUUUGACUGCAGCAGAUACAGUUAUCAUUUAUGAUAGUGAUUGGAAUCCCCAAUCUGAUCUUCAGGCCCAGGAUAGAUGUCAUAGAAUUGGUCAGACAAAGCCUGUUGUUGUAUAUCGUCUUGUCACAGCAAAUACUAUUGAUCAGAAAAUUGUGGAAAGAGCAGCUGCUAAAAGAAAACUGGAAAAGUUGAUCAUCCACAAAAAUCAUUUCAAAGGUGGUCAGUCUGGAUUAAAUCAAUCUAAGAACUUCUUAGACCCUAAGGAAUUAAUGGAAUUAUUAAAAUCUAGAGAUUAUGAAAGAGAAGUAAAAGGAUCAAGAGAGAAGGUCAUUAGUGAUAAAGAUUUGGAGUUGUUGCUAGAUCGAAGUGAUCUCAUUGAUCAAAUGAAUGCCUCAGGACCGAUUAAAGAGAAGAUGGGGAUUUUCAAGAUACUAGAAAAUUCUGAGGAUUCCAGUCCUGAAUGUUUGUUUUAA